UUUGCCGGGCCGAACGUAGAUCACACAGAUUACAGAAGGGCCAAGCAGGCCGAAAAGGGGCGAGCGAGAAAAUGGCGGGGCUGCUGGCGUGGGCGGCGGACGUGGUGGGCGGCGGCCCGACGGACGACGCCGGGGACGACUACAGCCGGCUGGCGAUUCCGGUGGUGUUCACCGCGGAGCAGCAGGCGCGGGCGGCGGAGCUGGACGCCCGCGCGGCGUCCCUCCGCCGCUCGAUCCGCGAUCUCCGNUUAUCCUCUCUUUCUCUCCCAACUUGGCCUCUUAAUCCUCGCCGCCGCGAGCGCCAGCAGCUCACCACCACCGCCAACCUCGGCGCCGGCUCCUCCGCCUCCACCUCCACCUCUGCCCCCAAGAAGCCUCACCCAUUUGCACAAAAAAAACAGCCCGCGAGUCGCCGCUCUUGUCGUCGUCCUCCUCCUCCUCCGCCGCCUUGGCCGGCGCCGAGAGUAAAGGGCCGCAACGACGAUCCCGUCUCGCCCGAGGCCGUCCGCGUGCCGGGAGCAAGAGGGCGCGAAGCAUUUCAAUGUCGAAUAAUAGUAUUUCUUUUAUAUGCAGCUCAAAGGGAGAAACUAUUGGAGAAACAGCUCCACAGCCUGAUCGAACAGUUGACAGCAAAGCAAGCACAAGCCGAGAAUUUGAUGACGGAGAUACAUGCCAAAGAAAAGGAUUUGGAGAGGUUGAAUGGCUUGAAAACAAAUCUCGACAGCGGAGUUGCCGAAGUGAAUGCCGCGAGAAACCGGUUCGGAAGAAGCUUUUCAGUAUCAGGAGGAGCUUUUGAAGAUCGCGACGUAAAGGCAUUCCGCAGGGGAGUGAGAACAGACAGCCAGCAGAAGCUCAUGCUUCUGAGAUCUGCUUUUGUCAUCUACAUUUUAGCUCUUCAUGUAAUUGUUUUCAUUAAAAUCUCAUUCUGAGAAAUUUGUUUUUCCGAAUAAUUUUCUCCUUUUUGUUGUGUUUUUAUCUCUCUGUUAUGUAAGUAAUACAUAUUUCUUUGUGCGGAAUAUUAAGUUUUUGCUUUGGUACAUGACAAGUUAUCACUA